AUGCGAGCAUGUAUGCACAUUAUCUCUUUAACGCCUUCGACACUGCACAGAAUGGCUCAGUGAAGUUUGAGGAUUUUGUGAUGGCAUUGUCCAUUCUGUUGCGGGGAACUGUUCAUGAAAAGCUACGGUGGACGUUUAAUCUGUACGACAUAAAUAAGGACGGCUACAUAAACAAGGAGGAAAUGAUGGAUAUCGUAAAGGCAAUUUAUGAUAUGAUGGGAAAGUACACGUAUCCAGUGCUCAAGGAAGAUGCUCCAAGGCAACAUGUAGAGGUAUUCUUCCAGAAAAUGGACAAAAACAAAGAUGGUGUUGUAACUUUAGAUGAGUUUAUUGAAUCGUGUCAGGAGGAUGACAAUAUCAUGCGAUCCUUACAGCUCUUCGAGAACGUGAUGUAACCGUGUCUGGCGAGCGCUGGAGGAGUCAGAGACUUUGUGUGACAAAGGACCUCCUUUCUGGGUAAAAGCUUUUUAAAAUUCAGCCAUGUUCAGUGUGUGAGGAUUUUGUAUGACAUCUCCAACCAAAUGGCAACCGAAUGCAACUGAUCCCGCCUCUUCUCCCCAAGAGACGCCGGUGGACCUUUGUUUCGUUUUGGAAGCAUGUGAAUAUUUUAAUAAAACCUGACAAGAGAACUGCUGCUCGAAGUGCAA